GGGCACAAUGGACCCCACCAGGUCUUCGACAAAUUCCAUUGACUUGAAUGGGGUCCGUCAGGAAUUAGUUUCCCUCCGGCUCUGUAGAAAGCGCUGCGGGACAUACGUGAACUGUAUGUGUCAGGAACGUGUCCGUCGCCUACAUCAAACAGAUCCAUAGUCUGCUAUUAAGCUUUUAGCUUCUGUUUGGCCGCUAUAUGUCAUGGAAUGGCGCAGGGGACUGGGCUAUUCCAAGAACAGUCGUCCGUAAACUGUGUAGUUUACAUUUGAAAAUUCAGAAGGAGAUCCAUUUACAGCGGCUGAAAUAAGUAUUGAACACGUCACCAAUUUCCCAAUCACUAAACAUAUUUCUCAAGAUGCUAUUGACAGGAAAUUUUCACCAGAUGUUGGGUGGUUUGCAGUGACGAAUACAGUAAUGGAUGCAGACAAUUCCUAUGACCUUUUCUCCGCCGAUGAUAGAGAUGACAGCUAUGAUAGAGAAUACAAUAGCAGUCCACUGAGUGACAGCAGCUCUGGUCUUGGAGAUUCCAGCUGUGGAAAAGUUGAAGAGACGCCUCAAACUUCCAAUGUACAACCUCUACCUGUUGUUACAAUGUUCUCUGAUGACAAUGGCGCUGAGCCAGCUAUCUGUGAAAUGUGUGGAAUAGUUGGCACACGGGAAGCCUUCUUCUCCAAAACUAAGAGAUUCUGCAGCGUCUCCUGUUCACGCAGCUAUUCAUCCAAUUCGAAGAAAUCCAGUGUUCUUGCCCGACUCAAGGGGAAACCACCUACAAAGAAAGCAAAGGUUCUACACAAAGCUUCCUGGUCUGCCAAAAUCGGUGCAUUUCUCCAAUCCCAGGGCCCAGGACUACUAGGAGAUGGCACACCAACUGGACACGAUGCCAUGGUUUUAGGCUUUGACUGGGGAAAGUACAUUCUAGAAGAGGAUUACCAAGCCGCUCCGCUCAGCUGCUUCAGACAUGUUCCUCUCUAUGAUCAGUGGGAGGAUAUCUCAGAGGGUCUCAUGGUGGAGAGCUUAAAUACAGAUGCUGUACUUCCCAGUCGUGUGUAUUGGAUUUCAUCUAUUGUAAGGAUAGCAGGUUAUAAGGCUUUGCUGCAGUAUGAAGGCUUUGAAGAUGAUUCCUCACAUAACUAUUGGUGUAAUCUUGGAACUGUGGACAUUCAUCCCAUUGGCUGGUGUGCCAUCAAUAGCAAAAUCUUGGUGCCCCCGCAGACUAUCCAUGCCAAAUAUGAGAACUGGAAAGAAUUCCUGAUGAAACAUCUGGUUGGGUCCAAGACUAUUCCAGCAGAUUUCCAUGUAAAGAUGGCUGAGGGCCUGAAGUGCCCUUUCAGACAUGGUAUUCGGUUGGAGACAGUAGAUAGACUACACAUAUCUCGCAUGCGGAUAGCAGUGGUCGAUACUGUGAUUGGAGGAAGACUGAGGCUCUUUUAUGAAGAUGGAGAACGCCAUGAAAACAUGUGGUGUCAUAUGAAUAGCCCUAUGAUACAUCCUAUUGGUUGGUCUCAUAGGGUUGGCCACACAAUCUUAGAGGAAAAGCGUAACGAUUUAUCCCCUCAACCGUCAUUUCGCAAAGUAUACUGCAAUGCCGUGGCACAUCUCUUUAAACCGGUGAGGAUUGUUUAUCCAAAAGGUAUCUGGUUUGAGGAAGGAAUGAAACUUGAAUCUAUUGACCCUCUCAACCUUGGUAACAUAUGUGUAGCUACCGUGCGCAAGGUUUUGCUGGAAGGCUAUCUGAUGGUGAGCAUGGACAGUAACCCAUCUGAUGAUGAAUCACUGUGGUUUUGCUAUCAUGCAACAUCUAGCUCUAUAUUUCCUGUAGGAUUCUGUGAAAAGAACAACAUUGAACUUACAGUUCCAAAAGGAUAUACUGUACAAGAAUUUUCUUGGGAAAGCUAUCUGAAGGAAACAAAUUCCAAGGCAGCUCCAGCAUUGUUGUUCAACACUGAGGUCCCUAACCAUGGCUUUAAACCAGGUAUGAAGUUAGAAGCUGUGGAUUUGAUGGAGCCCCGCCUGAUUUGUGUGGCUACUGUGGCGCGAGUCGUGCAAAGACUCCUCCGCAUUCACUUUGAUGGCUGGGAUGAUGACUACGACCAGUGGGCAGACUGUGAAUCUCCAGACAUCUAUCCAGUUGGCUGGUGUGAGUUAACUGGAUACCAGCUCCAGCCGCCUGUAGCAGAUGAGCUGCCAGAGGUGAUAGAAAAGCCUAAAAAAGUCAAGAAAAAACCAAAGGCAUUUGGAAAGAGACGAAAAAGAAGAGGUAUGAAGAAAAUGCCACCAGUGAACAGUGAGAAUGUUUCUCUUUCUUCUUUUCCUCCUUCGGAAUCCACAAAAAGAAAAUAUAUAAGGAAAUCAUAUCAGAAAGCAACAGAAACUAAUGACAUACUGGAUAUAUCCAACUCUAAUGAAAAAAAAAAAAGAAAAUACAUAAGAAAAUCAUAUCAGAAAGAAACAGAAACCAACAAAAUACUGGAUAUAUCUAACUAUACGGGAAAAGAAAAAAGAAAAUAUGUUAGAAAAUCAUAUCAGAAAGCAACAGAAACCAACGACAUACUGGAUAUAUCAAACUCUAAGGAAAAAGAAAUAAAUUCCUUACAGGCAGAAGAGAAAAAGGAACAGACUGACCCAUUUGUAGGCAAAGAUGCGAAAUUGCGGAAGGCAGACAUGGAGAUCGAGGAAUGGAAAAAGGACAAUUAUGGUUCUAUAUGAUCAGUAAAAAAAAAAAAAAGCUUAAAGGGGUACUCUGGUGGAAAACUAUUUCUUUUAAA